AUGCGGGGUUUCAUGGAUGCAUCAUUCUCUCGGUCAUGGUCGCCGGCCAGUCGGCCUACUGUGAAUACCUCCAUAUCCAACGGCCAUCCAUCUCUAUCGACUUCAUCCGAGAACAGUCCACAUCUUGGCUCAAUACCGCCCUCAGCACAAUCGUCACCGUGGGCACAUAAUGCGCCGCUUGCUCCAAGCCAGUCUUCUUCCCACUUCCUGCUCUCUUCCAGUCCGCGCAAUUCGCUCACAUCAGAACAGAGCAACACAGUCAAUUCCUUACCGCCGGAGUGGAGCAAUAUUUUUUCUGCUCCGCUCAAUCCAACAGUUUUUGCAACCCUGGCCGCCAACGGCGUCCUGGGCCCUGUGUCACCGCCUCUUCCAGGCCAUUCAGCAAGUUUGCCCACGAACCCUUUCCAUGCCAACUUCCCCCCGCCGAAUUCUCGACCACGGCUCCCUAAUAUUGAUGUUACGGGCCAGCCAAGCGCUACAGGUCAGUGGUCUGAGGCGUCUCUCUCUUAUACUUCCCCAUCCAACAUGUCUUCCCGACCGCCUCUCUCACGCUCGACCUCCGCUGGUACACUUUCCAAGUCGUCGCGACCUGCCGAUAAUCUCCCUAGACAUCCCAACUUUAGUGACGAACGUCGCCGUGUAGCCAGUCGAAACGUCCUAGUUAACGCAAUUCCUAUAGGUCGCACAGACGACGGUCCCGUUUCCCCUAAUUUUGACCCAGCACCAAAUGGUCGGUCUGGCGCACUCAAUUCGCCGCUAGAUUACUCUGUAGGACUUACAUUCCCAGGUGAGCGUUCAAAUACGAGACUUCCCCCCUCCCUAUGGAUGUCUCCGGCUUCCACCGCCCCCGUAACCUCUACGAUGCAUGAUUCGCUAAACCGUCCCCCAAUAUCUGCUGUCACAGACACUUCAACUUCAAGCCGCUCGGUAUUCCCUCAGUCACCCAUCUCACCCGCCUCACCAUCAGAGUCUAAAUCCACCUUCUUCUCUGACAUUCUGUCAGAUGGGAUAUUCGGACCACAGGGAACAUCGCAGGCUGCUAGCCCUUUCACCUCACCCCCAAUGUCUGGUUCACCGGAUUUAAUUCCUUCUAAUAUACCAGACCAAGAUCCCGAACAGUUGGCCAAAGACGACCCCCUUGCAACUCAAGUCUGGAAAAUGUAUGCGCGAACGAAGGCAACAUUACCUCAUGCGCAACGGAUGGAGAACCUCACCUGGCGGAUGAUGGCGCUGGCUUUGAAGAAGAAGAAGGAAGAGGAAGACAGGGAGAAGCAGAGUCCUAUAUCGGUUAAGACUGAAGUGACGUCUCCAUCUGAGCUCGGACAGCAUGCAUCCUCGGAUACUCCUUCUGGAGAGAAAAAGGAGCCUGAUGAGCGUGGGCGAAGAAUUGAUAAAGGAAAAGCCAAAGUUCGAGUUGUGGGCUUCGACGGCGCCAAUCAGGAUGGUGAAGAACAAGAUGUCGUUCCUAUGGAUUGGAGAUCAAUAAGCCGAUCCAGAUCUCGGAUAUCCAUGGACUGGCGACCAACCAGUCGCUCGCGUUCGCGGCCGCCUGAAUCUGCAGACACGUUUGAAGGCAUGAUGAUGGCACCAUUCGAAUCUCGUUUUGCGUUUCCCACAAUAGGUCAUGGAUCAUUACCUGAUUCGUUCAAGGUACCUUCUUCAAAGCCUACAGGAACAUCAAUGCUCUCGGCUACACGACGUAGUCCCCCCCAGAGGAGCACCGAACUUCCUUCUGUUUACGAAGAACAUAUUGAUGCAGAUUCGCGAUAUUUAAACAAUCUUAACUUCAAUCAUCCCAUGUCGAGCUUUGAUUCCCCCGCGUUCGGCCCAUCCUCCCUUCCGUCGUUUGGCCUUCAUAGCCUUCCACGUCUGCCCCCUGGCAACUCCCCCGAGCCUUCUUUCCCUCGACACAUUCGCAAGACGAGCUUUGACCACACGGUAUCCAAAGACAACGUCCUCUCCGGUUUGAAGGGCCGCCAUCAAGUCAAUGGGAAGCCUCUAUCUCCAGACAGCUUAGCGGGCACGAAACGCCCUGCGGAUGCGCCCCAUGCCGAAAGCAUGCUUCGUGCUGAUCCUUCCGAUGUUGAGGGCACUCUAUUAUCCAACUCCCACUCGCAGGCCCAGGAGGGCUCCGCAAACGACAAUUUCGAAAGCUCCAGUCCGUUUCCUACAUCCUCAUUCCAUUUCUCAUUCCCACCCUAUGACGGUAUGUUCGAUAUCCCGGGUACCGGACCUUCGGGGGAUAUCACUCCUAUGCUCCCUUCUGCCGACGGAAGCAAUACAGGUGAAGGUCAAUAUCAUGGCUCCACAAGGUCUUCUGUUAGUGGAGUCCCAUUCCAUCCUGGUUCUGUUGGCUCUACGGGGGAAGGCUUGUCGACUUCAUCUGCUCUGGCUGACAAGUUUGGUCAGUUGAAUGCAAAUAACGAUGAUUCCGCCCUGGACUUCCAGCUAAUGCGAUUAGUAUACCCAACUUUGGACCAAUCGGGAUCUAUGUCUCCGUACACCCAUGUGGAUCCAACGCAGAUUCUCAAUGUCGGGGAUGGAUAUCCAGCAUUCCAUGCGAGUCCUUCCAGUGAUGGCUGGGGUGGCGGGCUUGGUUCGAGUUCGAACGCUUCUCCCGAGCCUUAUAAUGCAUCAAAUGCAUCUACACCGCCCUCUGCUGAGGGUAUUGUAGAAGGAAUGCGAGGGUCCGGCAGGAAAUUCAUUUCUCUGAAGGGAGGUGACCACCAGAGGAAGAAAUCUUUGCCUGGUGCUGUAACGUCACCGAAACUAGGAUUGCGGUCAUCGACUAGCACACCUGACCUUUCGGACAACCGAGAUGGGGCUAAUGGGAAAGAAGGCGACACUCCGACGCUAUGUACAAAUUGUCAGACAACUAAUACGCCAUUAUGGCGGAGAGACCCUGAAGGUCAACCGCUUUGUAAUGCCUGUGGCCUAUUUUAUAAACUCCAUGGUGUUGUGCGACCGCUCUCCUUGAAGACGGAUGUAAUCAAGAAGAGGAAUCGAGCAUCGGGCGCACCUAGUAGUAGCUCCCGGAAAGGUUCAGGUUUGACAAAGAUUGCAUCUUCUACGACACGACCGCGAUCAUCUUCGAAUGCAGCGGUAUCUGGAAUGAGUGGGACUUCACGGGUGCCACCCAACCGUGCAAACUCGUCUGGAGGAAGUUCGCUUGCAAUGAAACGACAGCGACGGACUUCUACUAGCAUGCAGGCGUCGGCGUCUCGUAAGGGAGACUAG